AUGCAUAAAACAGUGUAUGAUAUAACAAAACAGCAGUUGGAGAAAUGCAAAACGCUUAUAGAGAGCGCGUGUCUCCGGAAAAGGAACCUACCUGCGCAUGCCCAUGCGGCAGAUCCUGCGGCCUCUGUGCAGCCUGCAAAGGCCAAAGAGCCCGGCAGCCCUGAGGACAUUUCGUGCCGGAUAUGCUAUUCGUACGAAAAUCCAGUCGGGUCUGUGACGGACCUGGUGAGCCCGUGCGGGUGCAAAGGCACCAUAAAGUAUGUGCACAGAUACUGCCUGCGCAUAUGGCGGUUCAAGGGCAAGAUGGUGAAGGACAUAAAGGUGUGCGAGCAGUGCUUCUGCGAGUACAAGGUCGACGACGAGAGGAGAGUGGGGCAGGCAGUGGUUUUGUUUGCGGCGGCCCUUAUCAUGAUGUCUCUUCUGGUGCUCACAAGCAUAUUUGUGUCUUCCUCUGCAGACACAAUAAAAUUCAUUGCAAAUGACAUAUACACGUACAUGUACGGAAACACGCGAAUGGUCUCGUUCGACAAGCCCAUAAUCAUAUGCAACAUGGACGCGGUUCUGGCGCUGAAGAACAGCCAAAACCCAGCGCGGAGCGCGCGCUACUCUCUGCACAGAAUACAGGCCCCGAGCGAAGAGGCCGGCCACUUUGCCUGCAUAAAGAAAAAAUACAUAUACACGAUGAAGAACCUGCAUCUGAUCGACCUGGAAAACUGCGGCUCCUUUACCUCGGUGGCCGCGCUAGGCUUUGCAUACACAAUUGCCUUUGAAGACACUCCUAUUUUGUUCGUUAACUUCGUGCUUUCCUUCUGGCGUGUCAUAUCGUUUGAUAAGCUGGUCGACUGGUGCCUGUACGGCAUAGUCAUUCUUUACAUAUACACCAAAAUGUUUGCAAAAAUACACAAGUACAUUGACAACUAUUUCAUGUACAUGGCAAAUAUAUACUAG